GAAUUUCUUUCACAAACACGAUGAUGAUCAAAGGCUCGUCUCUCCAUCGGAGCGAUGCUUCAGAUGCCAUGGCGAAAUCGGAGAAUUCCAAACUCAGUUCCUCCAGCCUACUGCCGUUCGCCCAGCCUUCCGCCAAAAUUCACCCAACCAACGAUGCCGAGUCCGAUCACAUCUCCUACUCCCUCGAGAAAUUCAGGCUCUAUGAGACCAAAGCGAGAUUUUACCUAAUUGGGAGCGAUCGGAACAAGAUAUUCUACCGGGUUUUGAAGAUCGACCGCAUGGAGCCUUCUGAUUUGAACAUCAGCGAAGACCCAGUUGUUUAUUCAUCUCAGGAAGUCAAGAGUUUGCUCCAGCGAAUUGCUGAAGGCAAUCGGGCCACCGGGGGACUUACAUUUGUGGCCAAGGGUUAUGGCAUUGCCGGAUGUAUUAAAUUUUUGGAGUCGUAUUACCUCAUUUUGGUGACAAAACGUCGGCAAAUCGGAUGUAUAUGUGGUCAUGCGAUUUACAGUAUAGAUGAGAGCCAGUUAAUUACAAUUCCGCAUGCCUCAAUUCAAACUGAUGUUGCGCAUUCCAAAACUGAACUGAGGUACAAGAAGCUUUUAUCGAGUGUAGAUUUGACAAAAGACUUUUUCUAUAGCUACACAUAUCCUAUAAUGCAAAGUUUGCAAAAAAAUGUGUUGUCUGUGGGUGAAGAAGGGAUGCCAUAUGAAAAUAUGUUUGUCUGGAAUGCUUUCCUGACACAAGCAAUUCGAUCAAGGUGCAAGAAUACUAUCUGGACAAUUGCUUUGGUUCAUGGGAAUUUUAAGCAGAUUCGGCUAUCAAUCUUUGGACGGGACUUCAGCGUUUCUUUGAUUUCUAGACGAUCUCGGCAUUUUGCAGGGACUCGUUAUCUGAAAAGGGGAGUUAAUGAUCGGGGAAGAGUUGCAAAUGAUGUUGAAACAGAACAAAUUGUCCUUGAUGAAGAAGCUGGGUCUUGCAAAGGAAAAAUGAGCUCUGUUGUGCAGAUGAGGGGUUCUAUCCCCCUCUUCUGGUCACAAGAAGCUUCAAGAUUCAGCCCUAAACCUGAUAUAAUCUUACAAAGAUAUGAUCCUACAUAUGAGGCAACCAGACUGCAUUUUGAAGAUCUUUCAAAGAGAUACGGAAACCCAAUUAUUGUUCUUAAUCUUAUCAAGACUGUUGAGAAAAGGCCUCGAGAAAUGAUGCUAAGGCGUGAGUUUGCUAGUGCUGUUGGGUAUCUUAACCAGAUUCUCUCAGAAGAUAAUCAUCUCAAAUUCAUCCACUGGGACUUCCACAAAUUUGCCAAGAGCAAGUCUGCCAAUGUUCUGGCAGUUUUGGGCGGUGUGGCAAGUGAAGCUCUUGAUUUGACUGGGUUUUAUUACAGCGGGAAACCUGUAGUAGGUAAAAGGCGAGCCACACAACUUAGUCGAACCAGCACUGCAAGGGAUGCUUCUCUUAGAGAUCUGAGACCUAGUUCAGGGGAUCUUGCUAGGAUUGGAAGUAGUAAUGAUACCUUGAGUUCUAUGUUGAAACAAGACAAAGAAUCUGAUUCUUCUCAACAAAUUACCAAAGAUGGUUAUGGUGGUGCAGCUCCAAGGUUUCAAAGUGGAGUUCUGCGCACCAACUGCAUUGAUUGCUUGGAUCGAACAAAUGUCGCACAAUAUGCUUAUGGCCUAGCAGCUUUAGGCCGCCAACUUCAUGCAAUGGGUUUGACAGACAAGCCCAAAGUGGAUGCAAAUAGUACCCUUGCUGAAGCUUUAAUGGAUAUGUAUCAGAGCAUGGGUGAUGCUCUUGCCCAGCAAUAUGGUGGUUCUGCUGCUCACAACACUGUGUUCCCAGAGAGGCAGGGAAAGUGGAAAGCUACAACACAAUCUAGCGAAUUUCUCAAGUCUAUUAAGAGAUACUACAGCAAUGCUUAUACUGAUGGUGAAAAGCAAGAUGCAAUCAAUUUAUUUUUAGGUUACUUUCAACCCCAGGAAGGGAAACCUACACUCUGGGAGCUGGAUUCUGAUUAUUAUCUACACGUUUCUGGGAUGGGAGAUGAUCUAAUCCCUGAUAGUCCACCAAUUGAUGAUAAUCCUGCAGGACCAAGAACUGCCCUUGCCCCUAUUCCGGCUUGCAGAGAUGACUUCUCACGAAUUAAGCUGACAUCAUUUGAUAAAUUAAUCGAGAGAACAUGCAGUAGGAUAAAGAAUGUAAGGCUUUACAGUGAACCGGAUCGAAAACCUGGGAAUGCUGGUGUGGCACCUGAUGCAGCUGAAAUUCAGCUCAAAAGCCCAAAUUGGCUCUUUGGCCAGAGGAAGUUCGAGGAAAGUAACUCUGGGCCAAAGGUGGCUACAGAAGAGGUUGCAAAUGGAAAAUCUCUAGAGAAGUCAGUUAAUGACUUUUAUGACCUCAACUGGCUUUCUACUACCGUUGAUACCAGUGAAGAGGAUGUCUUCCAGAGCAAAUGCGGGACCCUUGCUCAUUUGUCACUACAUCCGGGCGCUGAUGCAGCGGCCCUAGCUCACUUGACACUACACGCGGGCAGUGUAGCGUGUCGCUACGAAGGAUAUCUGGCAAUGACCUUAAUUGAUGAAGCCAAUGGUUGGUAUGGUGGUACCCUGCUUGGUGACCAAGAUGAGAAUAGUGAGAUAUAUAAGCACUAUGCUGAACUCUGUCAGGGCCCUGCAAUUGAACCAUUCGAACACGAUGCUGAAAAGGAGAAGUACUAUGCCGAUCUUCUUCUUAUGGGCAUGGUAGACAGCAUGGAUGAUGCAGCUGUAGAAGCAGAGAUGGAAUCGGCACUCGAUGAAUACAGACAAAUUGGCGCGGAUCUUGGGAUUGUCCCCAAGACGUGUAAAUUUUUGCCGGAGGAUCCGAGCCAAUUGACCAGAUGGAUCAUUGGAGAAGACAGGGUGCAAAUGCAAAAGGCUUGAGAAUAACUCCAUUUCUUCUAGCAGGCGACAUGUUUGGUAUUGGUUGUAAAUAAGAAUUUGAAUAUAUAUGGAUAUGGAUUUGUUUGUUCGUACCAUAAUAAGUGUAAUAUAAUAAUAAUAAUAAUACAGAUAAAAUACUUCAGUAUAAUGAUAUAAUAACUUGAGCCCU